AUGGAUAUGGAGGAGGAUGAGAACACUCCUUUGAUUCUUGGAAGGGAGACAUUGAAGACAUUGGGGGCCGUCAUUAAUUGCAAAAACAAUACCAUUACUUGUGAAGUAGCCGAUGAAAAGAUUGUUUUUGAAUUCUCUAAACUACUCAAGACCCCCAUGGUUGAGAAGUGUUAUAGGGUUGAUGUGGUGAGUGAGGAGUUAGAUCUUUUGGGAUGGGUUAUGAUGAGUCCUCAAGAUCCAAUGGUUGAAGCUCUUACAUGCGAGGAAGAGUACUACUCUCAAGAAGCAAAGGAGUUUUUCAUGACCAUUGAAGAAGCCAAGAGAGAGGAAGAGAAGGAUCCUAAGCAUGAUGAGCUAGCUCUAGAAGAGGAGAAAUUGGAGGAGAUAGGAGCCGCAUUAGGUCAAAGAGCAGGAGGCAAGCUGCAUGUUAUUUCCUAUGCUAGUAGAACUUUGGAUGAUGCUCAAAAGAAUUAUACUACCACGGAGAAGGAAAUGCUUGCAGUUGUGUUUGCUGUGGACAAGUUUCGGUCCUAUCUUGUUUGCUCCAAGGUGAUAGUGUACAUAGACCACGCUGCGGUUCGGUACUUAAUGAACAAGAAGGAUGCAAAGCCCAGGCUAAUACGAUGGGUCCUCCUUCUACAAGAUUUUGAUAUCGAAAUGAGGGAUAAGAAGGGGUCCGAGAACCAUGUUGCCGAUCACUUGUCUAGAUUACCACAUAAUAAUGUUGAAAGUGUUCCGAUAAAUGAGGAGAUGGGUGUUGAGACCCUUAUGGCUAUCGCUUAUUCUCCUAGCCCGUGA